AUGACUCCAAUCCACCAAAGCGGCAUCCCGGAGAAGCUCGUCAAGCCCUGGGCUCUCCCUCCGCAAAAGACAUACAUCCUUCACAACGCCAACGUCGUGGACACCCUCAAUGGCGCCAUCAUCGCCCACCAAACCGUCACCCUGCGCGACGGGCUCAUUGACUCUGUCCAGUCCACGCACGGCUACACCUACCCCAUCCUGCCGUCCUCGGCCGAUGUCGUGGAGGUCGACCUCGAUGGCCGCUACCUCUGCCCCGGGCUCAUCGACUGCCACGUGCACCUCACCGCCGUCGCCGGCUCCGCCUCUCUGGGCUUUGACGAGGCCGACAUGGCCGUCUCGUACUUCCGGCAGCCCUUUCUCUGCCGGCAGAUGCUCAGCCGCGGCUUCACCUCGGUGCGCGACACGGGCGGCGCCACGCUCGCGCUCAAGGAGGCCAUUGCCGACGACGUCUUCCCCGGCCCGCGCGUCUUCAUCUCCAACAAGGCCAUUUCGCAGACGGGCGGCCACGGCGACGUCCGCAAGGCGCACGACAGAGCUGGCGGGGACUGCUGCCAGUGCGGCACGCAGUCGAGCAUCUCGGUCGUCGCGGACGGCGUGUCGGCGUGUCUGACGACGACGCGGGAGCAGCUGCGCCAGGGCGCGGAUUUCAUCAAGAUCAUGGUCGGCGGCGGCGUGGCCAGCCCGACGGACCGCAUCGAGAACACGCAGUUCACGGCGGCCGAGAUCCGCGCCAUUGCCGACGUGGCGGAGAGCUACGGGACAUAUGUCACCGCGCACGCGUACACGCCGAAAGCGAUCCGCCACGCCGUGGACAAUGGCGUCCGCGGCAUCGAGCACGGCAACCUGAUUGACGAGGAUACGGCAAAGUACAUGGCCGAGCACAAAGUCUGGCUGACGCCGACGCUCAUCACGUACAAGGCCAUGGGCGAGGAGAAGUACAGCGCGUUCCUGCCGCCGGAGAACCAGGCCAAGAACCAGCAGGUGCUCGCGCGGGGCGUGGCCUCGCUGAAGCUCGCGCACGACGCGGGCGUUGCCAUCUGUCACGGCUCGGAUUUGCUAGGGCCGCUGCAGGCGGAGCAGUCGCGCGAGUUUGGCCUGCGCGCGCAGGGCUUAAGCAACAAGGUCGUGUUGCAGGGCGCGACGGUGAAUGCGGCGCGGAUGCUGAAGCAGGAGGAUGUGCUGGGGCAGGUUAAGGAGGGGUUUACGGCGGAUUUGCUGGUGCUGAGGAAGAACCCGCUGGAAGAUGUGAGCGUGCUGGACGAGCCGGAAAAGAGUGUCCUGGUGGUGGUGAAGAAUGGGAGGGUGUAUACGAGUCGCUGGAGUGAGAUGGUGGAGGAUACCGAGCCGAGGAUGGCAAUGAUUGAGUAG